AUGGCUCCGCGCAGCUCGAAAGUGGCCGCAUUCGCCGACUUGGAGCCUGCUCUGCACCCCCUGCUGCUCCGCUCGCUCGCCGCACGCGGUUUCGCCGUCCCAACUCCGAUCCAACACACCCUCAUCCCGCUCGCACUCGAGUCGAACCGCGACAUCCUUGCGCGCGCACGGACUGGGUCAGGAAAGACACUCGCGUAUGCCGUACCGCUCGUGCAGGGGAUCCUGGCUCGGAGGGAUCGGGGAGAGCUGGAGGGAACGAGGGCACUGGUGCUGGUUCCGACGAGGGAGUUGGCCGAGCAAGUGAGGGGCCAGAUUGCGCGGUUGGUCGAGGGACUCGGUAUUGGUGAGAAGGAGGGAGACGGGAUCAGGGUCGUCAAUGUCGUCGGAGAGGCGGGAGGGCGCAACAAGAAGCGCAAGACGGCGCAUGCGGGCGGGGAGCGCGUGGAACGGAUGGCGCUCGCUGACCGGCCGGAAAUCGUCGUCGCGACACCUUCACGAGCACUCGCUCACCUCCGCUCCGAAACCCUCCACCUCUCGCACCUCGACUACCUCGUAAUCGACGAAGCCGACCUCAUCCUCUCGUACGGCCACUCAUCCGAGGACAUCCGCUCGAUCCUUUCCGGUCCUUGGGGACUUCCGAAAGUCUACCAAAGCUUCUUGAUGAGCGCGACGUUGACCGGCGAGGUGGAGGAGUUGAAGGGCGUCGUGUUGCGGAAUCCGGUCGUGCUGAAGCUCGAGGAAGACGAAGACGAGCUAGCCAACCUCUCUCAAUACUGCGUCCGCUGCACCGAAGAAGACAAGUUCCUCCUCCUCUACGUCAUCCUCAAACUCCGCCUCAUCAAAGGCAAGUGCCUCAUCUUUGUCAACGACACCGACCGAGGCUACCGCGUCAAGUUGUUUUUGGAAAAGUUUGGGAUCAAGAGUGGAGUGUUGAAUGCUGAGUUGCCUUUCAACUCGAGGUAUCACGCCGUGCAAGAGUUCAACCGCGGCGUGUUCGACUACCUCAUCGCGACGGACGAGAGCGGGCUCGAAGGCCACGACCGGGAUACGAAUGAUGACGAGGAGGGCGAAGGGUCGGCGGGAUUGAUUGCGACGCAGCCUGCGGCGGAGAACGAGGGCAACUCGGAGGCUUCGACAUCGACCGCCGCACCUUCCGAGCCUCCGUCGAAGAAGCGGAAACGAAAAGACGCCUCGGCCUCGUCCAAGCCCUCGACGACCGAGUACGGCGUCUCGCGCGGAGUCGACUUUGUCGACGUCGCGUGCGUCAUCAACUUUGACUUGCCCUUCUCCGCUCGGUCGUACACGCACCGAGUCGGCCGCACCGCUCGGGCCGGACGAACAGGCACGAGUUUGUCGUUCAUCGUCCCGCGCGACGUAUGGGGCAAACACAAGAAGAACGACGUCUCGCUUGAGACUGCGCGGUUUGACGAGCGCGUCUGGGCGAGGAUUGAGCGCGCGCAGAAGGCCAAGGGCCAGGAUGUCAAGGAGUACAAGUUUGAUUUGAAGCAGGUCGAGGGGUUCAGGUAUCGCAUGGAGGAUGGGCUGAGGAGCGUCACCAAGGCGGCAGUGAGGGAGGCCAGGGUCAAGGAGAUCAAGAACGAGGUGCUAAACUCGGAGAAGCUCAAGGCCCACUUCGAAGACAACCCCCGCGACCUCGCCUUCCUCCGUCACGACAAGCCCUUGCACCCCUCUCGCGUCCAGCCCCACCUCAAACACGUCCCAGGCUACCUCAUGCCGCGCAUCGCCGCCGUCGGAGCGAACGACUCGCGCGCCGCUUCUGCCGCUGCGGCUGCUUCGUCGUCUGCGAAUGGACGGGAGGAGCAGAAGCCGGAGGUGACGUUCCAUAAGCCUGGGCGGGGAGGGCGGGGAGGGGCGCGGGGUGGACGAGGUGGAGCGAGAGGAGGAGGACGGGGAGGUGCGAGGGGUGGAAAGGCCGGAGCGGGAGGGAAGAGGCAGGAUCCGCUCAAGGGCGGGGCGUUCAAGUUUGGCGCCGGGGCGAAGAAGUAG